AUCUCACUUUGCAAUCAUGUGGUUUUGACUUCGGUCGGUUCAAAUUCGCUUACUUCUCCACCGUAUUCAACCUUUUUGUUUGAUUUGAUACUACAAAAGAAAAUGGAAGUCGCUUUAGAAGUAGUAACAGUGGUGCUUGAGUACUUUGGCUGGGACAGACAAGAAAUCGGAGAGUUAUUCAAUCAAGAUGGGAGAUCGAGAAGCCGGAGAAGAAGUAUCAUUCGACGAAUUGUUAGAGAGUUGUCACGUUAUAAUCUCAAUUUGUUCACGAAACGUAGCAUUGUUCGAGAGAUUGGAAGUCGACUGCCAUUGAAACCAUGUAAAAGACCGUAUUUUGAGCUAAGUCUAAACAGAAAUAAGCACGUACUUUGUUCGGAGAUUGAAGGAAAUCCAUUAACCCGAAAGAUGAUGGCAUCCUUGGCUGAUGUUGCCUGGAUAACGGAUAGUGACUGUUCAUCACCAGAACUUGACCUUCCUGAUAAUGAGAAGGAAGUAAUUCUCAAAGAACCCGAAAGCCCAUUAAAAGAUGCGGAACCAAAAACAGUCCAUGACGAACCAGCAAAUGAUGUAAAGAACAACGCCCCAGAUAAUGAAGCCAUGCAAAAAAUUUCUGCUUUAGAGGAUGAACUUCAGAGGUUGAGAGCUCAGAUAGCAAUGAUGCUGGUUCCUGCUCCACAAAAUCAGGGGGCUCUAUCAACACCAGUUGGGGCACCUGCACCCCCUCCCCCUCCACCACCUCCUCCUCCCCCACCCACACCCAUGUCGACCCCCCUGAAGCCAGUUUCACAGAUCAUAAAAGAGAACAGAGCAAAAAGAUUAUCCCUUGCCCCAGGAAUGAUGGCAGCUGAACAGUCAAGUGGACGCACUUUGCCAAAGAUGGCAGAUGUACUCAAGGGAUUGGGAAAAGUCAAACUUAGAACAGUCCAGAGGUCCCCUGGUGGCACUCCCCUGAGGAAACCUGCUGUUUCUACUGAAGGAAGUGAUCCUGCCUCAAUCAUUGCACAAGCCCUAAAGAAAAAGUUUGCACAUAGAAGACGACUUGAAGCAAACUCUCCAGACACCAACAAAGAAAAUAACAGCCCUGGAUCACCAUUUGGUACUCCACCAUCAAGUCCCAACAAAUCUGUUCCUUUUGGACCGCACAUGUUGAAAGCAACAAACAAGAAACGGCGAUCAAGUACUGGCUUAACAAGAACAACAAAACCAAGUCCAUUGGUUGAAGUUUGCUGAUAGACAAAUUUUCUCAUAAUCAAUUUUAGCCAACAGUUGGAUAUUCCAUUCAACAAAUAUUCUUUGAAUUAAUUUUCAUAUGAUCAUAGUCCCUAAUAAUUCUAACAGUGCAACUUAUAAAGGCUCUGUAAAUAGCUUCAGUUUUACUUUUAGAUUUUUGCAGUUUUCACAUUUAAGGAAUGGCACUUUGAGCCUCUAUGUCAAAUUGAACACAAUCAGGGUUCAUUAUGAAUCAGAUAUAGCUCACUUGCCAAUACCUGGACUGUUUGUGUUCUUUUAGUGUUUGAAGAAACUUCAGAAAGCAUCUAAAUUUUACUGUUUUACUAUUGGAAAAUUAUUAUCCUAAAUAAAUCAUAAUAUGUAUUGAAUAUGGAAAUGUCCCAGUUCCUUUAAAUAACUGUAAAAAGUGUACAGUAAUUCUUACUGGGAAUGUAUAUUAGAAAGCACAAGAGAUGCUU